GUUUUCAUCAGGGCCUGCCAGACACACACAGCACAGAUGAGGACAUUUACCAGGUAGAGAGGCCUGGCCUAGCCUAGAAAACUUUGAAUGGGAUCUCCCUUGAUGCGUUGGAAACAUGGAUCUCCGACUUAAGUUAAGUUCUGGCUGUAACGUUAACGCUAGAGAAACGCAGCAGGUUGACCUGCUGAACGUGAUGGUGAAAGAAGAAGAUAUCAAAGAGGAGGAAUGUGGUCAUACGAUUGCAUUUCAACGCGAUGAAGAAAAUCCCUUUGCAGAGUUUCAACGUAGAACUGAAACCGACUUUGCAGAGUCCAACGCUUUACAGACUACAGCGGAGAUUGAAGUGAAGAUUGAAGAGGACGAUGAUCAAGAGCCCGAUUUUCUGGUGGAGAGUGCAUCAGAAUAUCCACACGGAACACAACAGAAGAUCCAUGGACAGAAUGAUGAACUCAACCUGCAACUCAAAAGAAAGCUGCACCACUGCACCGUCUGCAGGAAGAGUUUCAUAGUCUUGAGAAACCUUAAGAAACAUCAGAAAACACAUGAUGAAGUCAACAAGCAAAUACACACUGGAGAGAAGCUCCAUAAUUGUCCCCAGUGUGGAAAAGGUUUUUCACACCCCUUAAUGCUUAAAUACCACCUGCUAAAACAUGCGUUACAGAAUCUAUAUGAAUGUUCCCAGUGUGGAAAAGGUUUUUCACACACAUCAAGUCUUUCACGCCAUAAGCUUGUACACAAAGGGGAGAAGCCGCAUAAAAGACUCGUGAGAGAGAGGCGUCAUAAAUGUUCCCUGUGUGGAAAAGGUUUUGCACUCCUCCAAACAUUUAAACGCCACAUGUUAACACAUACUGGAGAGAAGCUUCAUCAAUGUUCCCUGUGUGGAAAAGGUUUUUCACACCUCCUAACAUUUAAACGCCACAUGCUAACACAUACGGGAGAGAAGCUUCAUCAAUGUUCCCAGUGUGGAAAAGGUUUUUCACACACGUCAAGUCUUUCACGCCACAUGCGUUUACACAAAGGAGAGAAGCCUCUUGAAAGACACACGGUAGAGAAGCCUCUUGAAAGACACACGGUAGAGAAGCCUCAUAAAUGCUCCCUGUGUGGAAAAAGUUUUUUACACACGUCAAGUCUUUCACGCCACAUGCGUUUACACAAAGGCAAAAUCCAAUAUAAAUGUUCUUGUUGUGAAAAAGUAUUUGAACAAUACAAAAUUUUUAAAACCCAUAUGCAAACUCACAUUGGAGAGAAACCUCAUAAAUGUAUCCACUGUCAAAAAGCUUUUGACAAAAGCUCAAAUCUCAAAAUCCAUAUGCAAACUCACACUGGAGAGAAGCCUCAUAAAUGUAUCCACUGUGAAAAAGCAUUUUCACAAUCCAAUAAUCUUAAAACCCAUAUGCGAACUCACACUGGCGAGAAGCCUUAUAUAUGUAUCCACUGUGAAAGAGCUUUUACACAAAAGUCAACUCUUCAAGCCCAUAUUCUGACUCACACUAGAGAGAAGCGUCGUAAACGUAUCCACUGUGGAAGAGGUUUUAAAGAAAGUUCAACUUUUAAAACCCAUACGCAAACUCACACUGGAGAGAAGGCCCAUCAAUGCACCCAGUGUGAAAAAGUUUUUCUAAACCACGCAGAUGUCAAACACCACAUGCUUAAACACACUAGAGAGGAGCAUUAUGUGUGCUCCGCAUGUGGAAAAGCCUUUGCUCACCUUUCAACUCUUAAAGCGCACAUCUUCAUACAUACGGGAAAGAAGCCUCACGUAUGCACUCAGUGUGGGAAAGGAUUUUCACAAAUCUCAAGUCUUCAGACUCACAAGCUAAUUCACACUAGAAAGGCCUCAAUUCAACCUGCAACUGAGCCUAAAUCUACACUAGCGCAUUUUCAAACAUCAAGUCCAGGUUCCCUCCCCUGAUUGGUUGUGCUUGUAUCACAUGACGAUAGCCAUGUGCUCCGUUUCCACAAGUAAUAAAACAUCCUCUCCACCGCUGGUCAGUCAAUAUGAAUAUGGAUUAACUUACUUCAAAAGACACUAUGUUACUGUUGUUGUGUAUAUAACUUAUUGUAACUGUGUAUGUUAAAUAAAUCCCUCUUGAUCAUUAGAAGCACUGUGUACUGUUCUGUCCACUGUGAC